CUGAAGGCGGUCCCUCUGGCAGCUAUUCUCAUCUGGGGGGGGGGUUCAUUUCAACUUUCUGUUUCUCGGCGGCUGGCCUGUUUUUGUGCGGGGGAGUUUCUGACAACAUGGAACAAAAGAAAUCCCCUUUCCUGAAACAGAACACAAAACCGAGAUGCAAGAGCAUGAAGGGGAAGUGUAAGGCAGAGGACAAAGAGGAGGCGUCAAAGGCCGCAAAGAGGCUCUAGAGAAAAAGAUGGCUGCUGUUGUUGCUGGUCUGGCCCGGCUCCUUCAGCCAGCUAUGAUGUUCCCACGGGGUGAAUCUGGUUGCCAAGGCCCCGCCCCCUGGUAUCUCCUUUUGGGACUACGCCUGGUGGCCCUUUUCAUUGCCGAUGGGCCUUGGUCCUCUGCCAGCCCUGACCUCGUUUGUAACUGGACCUUGGUGGAGGCAGAUAUUCGGCCUUUUUGUAGUGCCCUCUGCUUCAACCGGCGCUUCCUUGCCCCUGUGUCCUCAGUGUGGGGUUUUGCCUUUUUGGCUGCCUUGCUCCCAGUGGGGCUUAUGGGGUUCAUAAGGGCUGGAUCUCAGCACCAGGGAAAGGCAGUGAGGGGAGCAGAUGAGGAGCUAACAGACAUUGCUGGUGUGAGUCACAGCAUGGCUGCUGGAUCCAGCAUGGCUACUGGAACGAUUCAUCCUCUGCCCAAUAGGGCCACUGCCAGAACCAACAUGGUUCCCUCAGAGCCCAAGAUGUCUUCCCAUUGUACCUGGCCCUCGAUGGCUUUUAGUUUCUGCGUCUUUCUUCUCCUGUCAAUGGAGCUGGUCUUCUUCUGGGUUGUGGUAUCACUGCAGAUUCCAUUGGUGUCUGAAACAACUUUCUUAUGCUUCCCAGGAGCAGACACCUGCCCUAAGGCCGUAGAAUGUGCCUUGGCUGGCCAAGCCGACAAGCAGAUGGCCUUGUGGGUGUUGGCUUUCACGGCUUUUGUCAACAUGGCUGCUUGCUUGGCCUACCUUCUCCUAACUCUAGGGAAACUUUCCCAGUGCCAUAGAAGAUAAUAAAAGGAAUGAGAAGAAAAUGUCGGAAGUGGAUUGUGAAGGAAGAGGCUAGGGAUGGAAAGAUCUGUCAAUUUUGGUUCUCUUAGUUUGUAAUUUUUCCAGUCUUAAAUUUUUUGAAAAAGAACCUCAUGAAAAUCCUUCAGCAUUUUAGUGUAAAUUUUUCCUACUAAGCACAUUUUUAUAUGCUGUUUUGACUAAUGCAGACAUUCUUGCAAGCAAUUUCUUGUAAUUUCUUGUAUGUUUUGUAUGUUAUUUCCCAUAAUAUAUUCAUUUUUAUGCACAUUUCCCCCUAAUAAUACAUGCGUUUUUGUAAACCAUGGAUUGAUUGGAGAACAAUAUUGCAAAAUUCAAAUAAGUGUGAAUUUUGGAGGAUGGCUGUGUUUUGGUUCUCAUACAGUUUCAGAAAGUGCACAUUUCACAUAUUCGGCUUGAAAUGCAAACUGAAUUGAAUUUCUCCCUUGUCCCUAGAGGAGACCAAUGAAACAUACAGUAAGAGGAGAGUCAUGCAUAAAAAAUGCAUAAGCUGCCCUGGGUUCCUGCUGGGAGGAAGGGCGGGAUAUAAAUCAAAUAAUAAAUAAAUUAAUAAAACAAGGGAAGAGCUGGCCUGUGUAGGACUAUCAGUAAGUUCAAGUAUACUUCCUAGACUUAUCUUUUAGUAUUUUCAAAUGUUGCCUUUCAUUUCAUUCUGUUCUUCUCCCCCCUUCCUUUCUCUCCUCAUGGGUAGUGAUGGAGAAAUCUGUCCAUUUUGGUUUCUCUCAGUUUUUUAUUUUCCUCCACAAUCUUAACUUUAGUUUGCCGCAUGUUUGCAUCAGUUUGCGGGAUUUUAUUUUUAAAUCCUCGCAAAAAUUUGUCAGCAUUUUAGUGUGCAUUUCUCUCAAUAUACACUUUUUUAUAUGUCAUUUUAUUGUUAUUACUAUUUUGCCUAAGAUACACAUUUUUGCAAGCAAUUCUGCUGAUACAAUGCAUUUUUGCAUGUUAUUUCCAUGAAUAUAUGCACUUUAAUACACUUUCCUCCUAAUACAUGCAUUUUUGGACACAGUUUUUGGUUGGAGAACUGCACCGAAUAAUUCUGAGAAGUAAAUUUUGAAGGAUGGCUGCGUUUUGAUUUGCAUAUUGUUUCAGGAAGUGAGAAGGAGAAAAGUUUGCAUUAACAUGUAAACCAAAUUGAAUAUCUCCUCCGUCCCUACACAUUGGUCUAUUUCUUUCUGGUUUUAAUUUGAAAAUUAAAAUUUGAAAACUGUAAGUUUGUUUUUAAUGGAAUGGUUGCAUUUCAUGAAAGCUUGUGUGACUUAAGGGGAUUCCAGAAAAAAAGCAAGCUACAAAUCUAAUCAAUAAAUGAAAGAAUAGGAAAUAAAGAAAAGUGUAGAGUCUCAAAAUAGUGCUAUCCUGUUUGACG